UUUCUUCUACUCUUUACAACUAUAAGAAAAUGGAGGCAAAGUUUGCUCACAUCAUUGUUUUCUUUCUUCUUGCAACUUCCUUUGAAACUUUCAAUGCGCAAAGUGAAGGGCUAGAAUUCAUCAAACUUCUAAAGGAAUUGAAAUCUGUUCAUGAGUCCAAGCCCAACUUGGAAUGCCAAGGAAAACCAAUGUGGCCAGAACUUAUUGGUGUACCAGCACAGUAUGCUAAGGGAAUAAUUGAGAAGGAAAAUUCAUUCAUAACUGAUGUUGAGAUAGUAUUGAAUGGUUCUCCAGUCACAGCUGAUUUUAGUUGUAAUCGAGUUCGUAUUGUUGUAAACAUCUUGGAUUAUGCUGUAUCAAUGCCUGUGAUUGGUUAAUUAAUGGAUUAUUGAAGUAAUUAAGCAGCCACAUGUGAAAAAAAUAAUAAUUAGGGUUCAUGUAUGUUGAUUAUAAUGUAUCCAUGUACUCUUACUAUAUAUAUAUAAUGAAAUAAAUAAGUGUGGCUUCAUUAAA